AAUUUCGGUUGGUUCCGAAACCGGAAGUUGUCAAGGCUCCUCAUAUUUCGCAUAAUUGACCGUCAACUUGCUCCUCUGGGACUAGCAAGACAAAUAAACUCGAGUUUCUGUGAUAUUUUGUUUCAUUUCUUCUCAGCAUAUGGCUGCGCAACCAGUAGCUGGAUACGAGCGUAUGCAAGAAGAUCCAACAAUGGACAAACCACCAAUAAUGAACCAGCCAGGAUACGGACCUCCAGGCUACCCUGACCAGGGGUACCCUCAGCAAGGUUAUCCUCCUCAGUACCCUGCUGGUCAAACAACAACAACUACUAAUGUUGUUGUUGUGCAGCAGCCUACUUUUCCACAGCAAAGGAAUUGGAACAGUGGCAUGUGUGCAUGUUUUGAUGAUUGUGGUUCAUGCUGUCUUGGUUUGAUGUGCCCAUGUUUCUUGUUAAUCGAUGUUUCUCAACGCAUGGGUGAGGGAUGCUGCUUUCCUUGUUGCUGUCCUGGGGCACUGCUUGGUCUUCGUAUCAAACUAAGAACAGAGCAAAAUAUUCAGGGAUCCCUGAUGGAUGACUACUGUGUCACGCAAUGCUGCGCAACGUGUGUUCUGUGCCAGCUAGCCAGAGAACUCAAGUUUCUUGGACGUUAAAGUUAACAAUCUAUUUACACCUAAAUUGUAUUCUUCAGUGAACGUAGCAGUUUAUAAAUGUUGUUUAUUCUCACUGUGUAAAAUACUAAAUAGUCAUGUGUGAAACAUAAUGAUAAUAUAGUUGUCAAACAAUAACUAGGAUGACAAUUGCUCAGUAGAGUGAACCCACUUAAUCUGUAGAACUAUAAAAUACUAAAAAAUAGUACUAAAUAUUAUGCCAAUACUCCAGUUUCGAGAUCUUAUUUGUGCAACAUAUUCCUUUAAUUCAGUAGAGAUCCUAUUGUUAUGCAAACACUCUGUGUACAAGGAAGACAAUAAACAUUUAUACUUGAUUGAAGCUAAGCUUGCACAAAAGAGAAUUCGAAACUGGAGUAUUGUCUUCUAUUGUCUAUAAAUGACCACUUUUUAAGGGUAAUUUGGAAAUAUUUGUCUCGCGAUUUAGUGUAUCCAUUCUGAUUUAAAAAUCCUUUAUCAUAUAUCAUAUAAUACCAUAAUCUUGUUUGACUGUAAGUGAAAAUAAGCGAUCAAUAAAAUACUGAUUUAGUAUCAAAAUUC